AUGUCAUUUGUUCGUCCAUUCUUUCGCAUCCCUACUGUAUGCCGGUCCUUGCAUACUUCUGUUGUUCAUCAUGAGAACUUUGCUGAGUCUUUAACUGACAAGUUUAUUGACCAAGCUAAAAAACAACGCCGACAGAACAAGACCUACAGUGAACCCACACGUUUUGUUCAAGUGGAUCAUAUGCCUCCUACAGCCACUUUUGAGGAUAUCAACAAAUUGGCCCGAGAAGCUUUUCCCAAGGGCGAUAAGACGAUUGAUGAAAGUAAGCAUGCGUACAUAGACCUUCAGUUGAUUGAUAAGCUAUUAGUGAUCUUUUGUCGUAAUCAAGAAUUUAAUUUUAAUGGUCGUGUGGUUGUGGCCAUGGCUUCUUCUGAAGAUGCCCGUCGCCUUGUAGAAUACGGUAAUCGACGUGCUUUAGGUGGACAUAUUGUUAAGAUGAGUCAUAUUGGUCAUGCGGAUUCAACAAGCAACAGUAUCAUGAAUAAGCAUCGUCGUUCUGAAUUAACUCAUUUGGCUGAUGCAUCCCAUGCUGCUGGUCGUUCUGUGAUCAUGACAGGUUUACCAUUCAAGACACAGCCAGAACAUGUAUUGGGAUUCUUGCGUGCUAGAAACUUUUUCCCUUCUCAAGGCACACCUGAUCAUGUCUUGAGAUUAAGAACUAAGGAACAAUCCACAGUCUCUAAAUUCUUGAUCAAAUUUGAUUCUGAAAGUGAAGCAUGGCGUUGUGUUCGUGCUUUCCAUAAUACUGAUUUUAUGUUUAAACAAAGAAACCAAAACUAUCGAUUAAAGCUUCAAGUUGCUUAUUAA